AUGGCCACUAAUGGAUUACAGAUGAAGCUCUUGAUUGACACCAAGGCCCAGAGAGUCUGCUUUGCCGAGGCUGGCAGAGACGUCUUCGAGUUCUUCUCCUGCCUCCUGGGCCUACCGAUGAGCACAGACAUCAACCUGCUCACCAAGGAGCGCAUGGUCGUCAGCAUCGGGAACGUGCUUGCCAGCGUGCAGGACCUGGACGGCAAGUUCGUGAUCUCAAGCAAGAGCAAGGAACCCUACCUGAGCCCCGCCGUCGCCCCCACCGUGCUCUGCCCUUUGCAGAAGCUGCUGGAUGCACCAUUGAACGCGAGCACCAAGUUCUUCACAUUGGAAGGGAAAAGUGACUACUACGGCGUGCAUCCUUGUGGCUAUUUUUCUGCUACCAAAGGCAGCAAAUGCCCGUCUUGCUCCAAGACAAUGGCCACGCCGAUGAAGCAUGUCAAACCCAAUGGUUUUGCCGUUGGGAUGGCCACGUACACGAUCAUGGAUGAUCUCUCCAUAACCCCGGCAUGCAGCGUGUCGAGCGUCGCCAUGCUUGCAGAGUGUGGUGUCACGGACCUGAGCUCGCUGCAGCAGAAGACCGUGAAGAUCGGCAAGGAAGAGGUCGCACACUUGAGAUACUUUCUUGACUCCCUGAAGUCCAAGACCGUCCUGACCGACGUCUUUCUGCAGAAGGAAAAAGUUCUUUGGAAGAAGGAAGCAUGA